GAAGUUUUCUUUGUAUUGUUGAUCUUCAAUCCGGUUCGGCGGAAAAAGGAUAGGAAACUCUGAAUUUAUAUUGCUUUUCGCGUACGGCACUUGUAGUUGUGUUGUAAUCAUAACAUUCACUUGAAACUGACAACCGCAGUUAACACUAUCUUCUGAAAAACAGUGCAUGGAAUGGGUUGUGCUUAUAGCAAGAGAAGCAGACACGAAGCGAACGGAAACGGUAAGACUUCGAAAACUGCUCAAAGUUUUGAUAACGUGAACGCUGACGAAAAGGAUUUGCAGAAUCAUGAAGCUUUACCAGUGCUGCCUGCCCUCCCUGAAAUUCCCCAACAGCCGGCUGAACAGAAGCUGUUGUUUGUUGCGCUGUACGAUUACGAAGCAAGAACAGCGGAGGACCUUAGUUUUAAGAAAGGAGAAAAACUCGAAGUGAUUAACAGUAACGAUGCGCUGAAUGGAGCAGAUUGGUGGCAGGCACGUUCCCUGGCCACAAAUGCUGUUGGCUACAUCCCCAGUAAUUAUGUUGCCCCGGCGGCCUCUCUGAAGAGCGAAGACUGGUUCUUUGGACCAAUCAAAAGAGUAGAUGCUGAAAAAAUGCUUCUAAUGCAUGGAGAAAGUGGAUCCUUCUUAAUUAGAGAAAGUGAGAGUAAACCAGGAGACUUCUCCCUUUCACUGCGAGAUGGAGAAAUUGUGAAACACUACCGCAUCCGAUCCAUGGAUAGUGGAGGCUUCUACAUUGCUCAUAGAGCUAAGUUUGCAACCCUGAAUGAGCUUGUGGAACACUACCAAGAAAACGCAGAUGGACUCGUCAUUAAGCUUAGCAAGCCUUGCCCCACCCUUCACACUCCCGCACCCAAGGAUCUUGCAUACAAUACAAAAGACAAGUGGGAGAUCCCACGCGACUCCAUCCGAUUGGUGCAAAAGCUUGGUCAAGGACAGUUUGGGGAGGUUUGGAUGGGACUGUGGAAUAACACAACACCUGUUGCAGUUAAAACAUUACGUCCAAGCACAAUGUCACCUAAGGCAUUUCUCUCAGAGGCGCAAAUUAUGAAAAGACUGCGUCAUGAUAACCUGGUUCAGCUUUAUGCUGUGUGUACACAAGAGGAGCCAAUUUACAUAGUGACUGAGUUAAUGGAGAAUGGAAGUUUAUUGGAUAUCUUGAAAAGCCCUGCAGGUCGGGAGCUUCAACUUCCACAGUUGAUUUACAUGGCUGCACAAAUUGCCAGUGGAAUGGCUUAUUUAGAAAUUAACAAUUACAUACAUCGUGACCUGGCAGCAAGGAACAUUUUAGUGGGCAAAAAUAAUGUGGUCAAGAUUUGUGACUUUGGACUUUCAAGAAUUAUUGAUGAAGGUGAAUACAAUGCAAGGGCUGGAGCCAAAUUUCCCAUCAAAUGGACAGCGCCAGAGGCUGCCUUGUACAAUAAAUUUACAAUUAAGUCUGAUGUGUGGGCCUUUGGAAUUUUGCUUACUGAGCUUAUAACUUAUGGACGGGUCCCUUAUCCAGGAAUGGGUAAUGCAGAGGUAUUAGCUCAGGUUGAAAGAGGCUAUCGCAUGCCUUGUCCGCCGAACUGUCCAUCAAGUCUUUACAAUAUCAUGAAAGAUUGCUGGAAAGCUGAACCCAUGUUACGGCCAACAUUCGAAACUCUUCAGUGGCGCUUAGAAGACUUCUUUGUUAUGGACACUACAAAUUAUGCAGAUUAUCCAGAAUAAAUCUUUUACAAAGAAUAGUUGUACUAAGAUGAAGAGUUGUUUAACUCUAAGCAACUGUAAAUAAUAUUUGACAUCUCUUUAAACGUGCGUAAGUCCACAGUAAAGUGGCUUGGUGUCAGAAAAGUAAUUGCCGGGCACCAUUAUUGUAAGCACUUGUAGAUUAUAACUUAUUUUUAGUGUCAGUUGCAAUUGUCAGGAAAUGUUCAAGUUUGGAGAAAGGCCAGUGGAAAAAUGCAUUGAUGAGAAGUCAGGUACAGAAGGCACACCUCUUUAUUGUUAUUUGUAUAUCAUUUUUAAUUAGUUAUCAUGCAAAUUUAAAUUUCUUGAACCUAUGAGAAUGAAGACCUUGGAGUCUAGUACAACAAUUCUGGUUGACACUGUCGACCAGAUGCAAACAAAGCCGGGAAAGGAGUGACCUGCUCUGGUUUCACUCACAUCAUCAACAUUAAUUUUGUUGACAGUCUAACAUGUAGUUGACUACCCACUCUAAUACUGGCUGUGCAACCCUUCUGAUUUGUGCAACACUACAGAUUUGUGCUACAAAAAAUUCAAUCUGAAUGUUUUGCAACUUUUGGGGGAUUUUUCAGACUUCAUUCAUGCUUAAAUCCCCUUAUUGUCAGAAACUAGCCUCAUGCUCUGCAUAAAAAUAUUCUCAACUCUUAAAGGGACACAGUCAGCUGGCGUACAUGCCCAUUAGAUACCAUUUCAUAGUUAAUUUGCGUAUCACAGAGAUGCGAUCCAUACUGCUCUUAACAAAAUAUGAUUAAUUAAUAUCAUAGGAUGAGCAAAAGCACACUCAAAAACAGGUUUUUCCAUAAAUGAUUGAAAGUCAAGCAAAACACUGCAAAGAUUGAAGCAGAUUUCUAGAUGUACUCGACACGUACAUUUGAUUUCAGGUCGAGGUGAACUCUUUUCAAAGUGAGAAAACUACUGUCCAGGUCAAUGCAGUCCCAAAGCUGACUGUGUCUCUUGUUAAAGUUCUAUAAAAUAGAAGACACUUCCGGAAAUGCAUAAAGUGGUCUCGCAGUACCUCUUGAUCUACGAAAAAAGCUGCCAAAGCCUCUUUAAAAAUGUCAAAAAAUGACUACUUAGUUUGUGGAUUAAUAUUUUAUUAGCAGUUUUGUACAAUGGUGAAUAGUAAUUUAUUGUUACAGUUAAUGACUUUUUAUUGUACUCUAAGUGACAACUUUUUGGCCUACGUUUAGUUGGUUGGCUAGACUUUAUUAUUUCUUCAUUGUUGACAUUGAUUGUUUAAUUUUCUAUUACUGCUACUACCAAAGCCAGGAAGCAAAGCUUUCUGGUGUCUUUAUACAAUGAUAAAAAGAGAAUUAGUGCUUACUCACAAGUCUGCCACAACUGUCCUAAACAAUAAACAUCCUUGGUAAUGUUCCAUUUUCAUUAAAUUUUCAGCAAGUGCAAAAAGUUCAAACCCCAGGAAUUAUUUUCUGGCUUUGUUUGUGCUUUGAUAGUUUUCUUUUAGGACAAUUGUACACAGCAGCCAGAAUUUUUACUUCACUCUAUUGCUAUUUUUUAGACGUUUUUUAAUGCUUUUAUUCCUGUUAGAUGUUUGCUAAGUUCAAUAUAGCAUUAGAGUAGUUUAUUCGAGUAGUUUAAAAGUAGAACAUUGUAUACAGAUUAAUGCAAGCAAAGAGAAAAAUCGUCCAAAUAAAAUCGUUUUGAAAGUGAAUGGUUUUUUUUAAACGUUUUGAAAGUGAAUUUACAUUGUAGAUACUUCGGCAGUUUUUUGUUGAGAACAACACAGUCAAACCUCCACUAACAGGAACCACUCUACAAAGGCCACCUUUCCACAAUGGCAACAGCCACUGAAACAUGUCCCGACUGCCAAAAUAACCUCUCUAGCCUGAAUUUCAGCCACCUCCUCCGCUCGCUAAGUCACUCGGGGAGUCUGAGAGAUGUCGUCUCUCUCCCCAAGUGGCUUAGCGAGCGGAGGUGGCUGAAAUUCAGGCUAGUUAACUAAUGACCGCCAAACGGUGUAUACCAAAACCCACUUUUCGUUGUAAAAGAUCACCAAACUUGAUCUGUAACAUGCUUUGUUGGUCCCGCUUCUGUCUAGUUUCAGUUUUAUUGAUCUAUUUUUAUCAUGUUACAAACAGUUUAUAUGCUAAAAUAGGCAUUUUUUUAAGGAAGGCAGUGUUGCCUCCCCCUGAAAAAACAGGUGUCAUAUUACACCCCUACCUCCCCAAAACGGCCACUUUCCUGCUCCCGUGAAUAUUUCUACAUUGAAAUUAUUUCAAUUAUAUAUUAAAGACACUUCUACCAGUUACAAAAACAAUACUUUAUUGAACGUUACACGAAUACAAAGCUUAUCAAAUCCUUUCACGCCACCUUAACACUGAAUAUAUUUUAAAACUAGUGGUAAUAUCAGCAGACCUGUUUUGGCAUAGUUGCAUAAGGCAGCUUUAUGUUUUUGAGGGUGAAUUACUUUAUUCUUAACUUUUACUCGAAAAAGUAAAACCUAAUAAGCAAAAAAGCUCACCACCAACAACUUUGACACAGUACUAUUCUUUCCUGAGGUCUAGGCUUCCUUAACGUAUAAUCAGGGUAUAAAACAAAUCAAAUGCACUGUCUUACACUUGUGCUGUAUGUUUGCACUCUAAAAUGCUCUAGAAAACUAGGUAAAUGUAAACUACCACUUUUUAAACUUACUAACAGUCUUCACUUAGUGACACACCGAUUCGUGUUGAGAUACAAUGAAAAAGAGUAGAAAAGCUUCCCCCUGACUUAAUGGUAUAAUAUACCUUAAAUUUAAUUUAAUAAACAAGCUGCACUAAUAAAUUGAAAGCUUUCAACAAAAACUUCCCUGUUUUACUAAAAUACAGUGGAACCCCACCUUACAGCCACCCCAUUAAUACGGCCACCUCGUUAUUAUAGCCACUUUAUUCUGGCCUGAACAAAAGCUCAGUCCGUAAUUUUCUUAUUUAAAGAAUCUCUUUAAUACGGCCAGAUUUUUGUGGCCCGUUGGUGACCAGAUUAAUGGAGUUCCACUGUAACAACUAGAUGCAUUUUAAGACAUAUGAGUUUUCAUUAAAACCAUGACCAUAACAGUAACUGGUUCAUACUGUCUGUUUAAAACAGUGGUAUAUGUUUUUGUUGUUUAUCUUAAUGGUAUAAAAGAUUAUCAAAAGCGCUUAUCUUUGCACAAACAUGCUUCACAUGAACUUGACAGCACAUAUACCAAAAUUACCACAUCCCUUAGCAGGAUAAUAAGCAUUUUAGCAUGUUCCAAACAUUCACAGAAGAAACAGGGUUCCUAUGCUUGUGCGUACUACAUUGUAAGCUUACAUAAACGUUUGCAAGUAUAGUUAUGAGUGAUGUACUGUAACACUCAAAUAUCACCCUCUGUUUAACAAAGCAUAAAUGGACACAAAUCAAACGUUCUGAAUGGUAACUGGUGAAUAUAUAUUCAAAGCAGUUUACUUCAUAGAAGACAUGACAAGAAAAAUUUCUUCACAACCGUCUUCACUUUACAAGAUGUGUUUCACUUUACAGAAGAGAACUGAGGAAUCCUACAUCGUUUCCAGUUCUAUCAAAUGGAAGAACUGCCCCUACAAAUCUUCCUGCGUCUCCCUCAGAUCUCUAGAAUCUUAGUUACAAUUCACAUGAAUUGAACUUGUGAGACUAGCCAGAGUCAAAAUUGCACAACACAAGUCAACUACAGCUGCUAUUCGCCACUUAAUAAAACCACUUCUACUCCCCAAAAAACUGACAUAUCGCUAAUCUGCCUGCUUGUAUAACAGAUUCGACCAGACCAGUUACAAGUGAAGAAAACCUGAACAUCUGGAAUCUCACAAGGAAGUCUUUGACUUAAAAACAACUCCCCGCAAUGGGAGAAAGAUAUUUAAAACUUACAAAAACAGAUGAAAAUAAAGCUUAAAGGAACUUCAGUUUAGACUAAGACUUGUUAUCUACCUUAGCUUACCAUGUUAUUUUACUGGUAGGACUAUGAAGUUAUGCACUCAAAGAGUCUCAAUAUGCAGUUCCAGGAAAUAUUCAUACCCACCCCAAGGAAGGUUAACAGAAAUUCUAAGGGGGGGGGGGGGGGAGGGAGAGA